AUGGAUUUUUCUCUACCGCAUUCUUUUUGCUUCUUUCUUCUUCUGCUGCUGCCAUUUUCCACCGAUGGUCAGACAUACAGAAACAUAACUUUGGGCUCAUCUCUCACGGCUGCAAAUGACAACUCUUCUUGGACUUCACCAUCUGGGGAUUUUGCUUUUGGAUUCCAACAAAUUGGCGAUGAUGGCUUUUUACUAGCCAUAUGGUUCAACAAAAUACCUGAAAGAUCCAUAGUCUGGUCAGCGAAUAGAAAUGAUCUAGUUCAGAGGGGAUCAAGGGUACAACUUACCACAGAUGGUCAGUUGGUCCUAGAUGACCAAUCAGGCACACAAAUAUGGAGCACCAUUAAUUCCGGUGGAAUUGCAGCUGCCUAUGCAGCCAUGCUUGACACAGGAAACUUUGUGCUAGCAAGCCAAUCAGCUGCCAAUUUGUGGCAGAGUUUUGAUGAACCAACAGAUACAAUGCUGCCCACACAGACUCUGAGUCAAGGUCGUGAACUAAUUGCUCCCUACCUAGAAAAGAAUUAUUCAGAUGGAAGAUACAUGUUUGCUCUACAACCUGAUGGGAACCUUUCCCUGUACACCACACGUUAUCCAUCUACUGUCAGUAAUUUUGCUUAUUGGAGUACCCAAAGUUCUAUAGCAAGAAAUGGUACUGUGAUUAAUACUGUAUUCUCUAUACAAGUUUCGAUGGAAGAUUUCUACCAGAGGGCAACCCUUGACUAUGAUGGAGUUUUUAGGCACUAUGUCUACCCAAAGACUGCUGCUUCAAGCAGCAGAAACGGGGAUAUGGCCUGGACUACUUCGUCUUUCGUACCAUCAAAUAUCUGCACGGCCAUUCAAGGACAAGUAGGCAGUGGAGCAUGUGGUUACAACAGCGUGUGCAGAUUAGGAGAAGAUCAAAGACCACGUUGCGAAUGUCCUCCUGGUUACACUUUCGUGGAUCCCAAUGAUUUGAGGAAGGGAUGUAAGACAAACUUUGUUUCACAGGAUUGUGACCAACCAUCGCAAGGAACAGAUGGCUUCGAGUUGGAGGUGAUGCCUAACGCAAAUUGGCCAUUCAAUGAUUAUGAAUUUUUUGGUUCAGUGAGUGAGGAUUGGUGCAGACAGGCUUGCUUGAGUGAUUGCUAUUGCGCUGUUGUUAUUUUCAAUCCUGCUGGACAGUGUUGGAAGAAGAGAAUCCCUCUCUCGAAUGGGAUGAUAGAUCCAGGCACUUAG